AAAUGUAGGUGGAAAGUUCUCUUCUCUUUAAUAUUUACGAUUUUGGCAUGUUAUUUUUAGUAAUUGCAACAAAGUGGACUGCAUCCGUCAAGAGUCCGUUGCGUGAAACAAAUUCGAUCGAUAUUCGCUUUUUUUUUCGGUUGCUGUUUACAUGUCUUCUUGUAGUCAAGGCAAUAUAAGUUUUGUUUUAUUUGUUGUUUUUUUUUUUACGCAAAUUGUUGUUGAAAAUUUGACGAGAUGUGGAGGAGGACGAGGAAAAGGGGUUGAAAUGAUGUGGAUUCCGGGGGUGGCGGAAAUCGGGGAGAGCAGUGUGUGUUGUGUUACGUGAGCGUGUUUGAAAGCCCCGCCAACGGAAGAGGUGACGAGGACGACGAGACGAGCAGUGCAGCAGCGGACAGAUGUCUCGGGCCACGGCAAAAGGGGGCCACGCGCGCAAGCCUAGCACCGAGGGUCGCCCUUUUUUCAGUGGUGAAGUAAGUGUCUUGCGAGAAGGCAGAGUGACCCCCCCAGUAAAUGCCCCGAAAACACACACACACUGAAUAUUCAGCAUCGAGUCGUCGCUUCGAUAACAACCGAAAAGACAAGCGUGUUUUUUUGUUCAGCGCGCGGCGGCCGUUCCGUAUCCCCUCGGUACAGAUAGGAUUCGUUGCGAGAAACAACGGCAGCAGCAACAACAACAACAAACAAACAAACGGCGGUGGAGACUCCGGGAGUGGCUGGAUCCCCGUGAACGAAACAUUUGGACACAAACAAACAAAGGAUCAUAAUCAUCCGACGAACUCGGCAAAUAUAUAAUAACGUCAACAUGAACGGCACGACGGCGACGAACGAGGAUUGGAGCGGUUACACAACCAUAUGCAGGCUUUGCAUGCAACGAGAUGGCUUCAUGCUCGGUAUAUUCAACCACAUCCAGGGCAAGGAGAAGAGCAUCUCCAGGAAGAUAAUGGAUUGCACGGCUCUAGAGAUCCAAUUUGGAGAUGGUCUGCCAAAUUCGAUAUGCCAUCGUUGUUUGUACAAAAUUGAAUUUUGCCUGGAGUUUCGUCAGCAAUGCUUCGUGUCUGAUGCAACGCUGAGGCAGAUAAAUGGAUUGGCGAAGCAAGUGCCGCAGCCGUUCGCAGCUGUGAACGGUGGUGGUGCACCUCCGGAAGCUGGUGGAGAUGUCGUCAUGGUCGUGGAUCCGAACACUCUUGACUAUGAGAGCGAUUACGAGUCGGAGGUGAACGGUGGAGGAGGAGGUGUAAUAGGUCACGCAAUCGUCGAUCAUCACAACAGUGAUAACGAGACGAACGACCUGUGCGAGUUCCGCAACGUGUUCAUGUGCAAAUUCUGUGAUAGAGCGUUCACCGACAAGACUGACUGCGGCAACCACGAAACAGCCGACCACAACAACGUCGUGCCCUACGAGUGCAGCCUCUGCGGCAUGAACUUCGCAGACAGACUCCAGUAUUCGGCUCAUCUGAAGAGCGUCCACCAGAACGACAAACCGUACAAUUGUCCUGAAUGCGAGCGGACGUUCGCGCGCCGCUCCGACCUCAGGAAGCACACGAUCGUUCACACAGGAAUCAAACCGUUCACAUGUCACAUAUGCUUCAAGUCGUUCUCGCGCAACACGAACCUCUCGAAGCACAUCCGCAUCCACAAAGGUCAGAAGCCGUUCGUCUGUCCGACCUGCCCGAAGACGUUCAUCUCGAAGUUGGAGUUGACCAGGCACGCGGUCACUCACACAGGCAUCAAGCCCUUCAAGUGCCAACAUUGCCAUCUGAGCUUUGGACGCAAAGAUAAACUGCUGAGGCAUCAGAAGAGGCAUUUCCCUGCCACCGCAGCUGCCGCACCGACGGCAUCGUCGGAUAAAGCACCGGAUAAGAAGAAGGCGCGCGAAUCUAUGGCAACUGAGUACGGUUUUAUAAAUCAGGACAGCAACGAGAACAACAUCGAGAACAAAGAGGAGGACAGCAAACCGGAGUGGCCGAGCACGGAGAACAUGAUCAUCAACAUCGAUCCGUUCACUCACGACGAUCAGAUCGAGCAGAUCAACACCGAACCGGACAUGCCGAUGGGCGAUGAUCAGGAGGCGAAGGACGCCUUCCCCCAGGUGCCCGAGCACAUUACCGGCGAUAGCUUCUCGAAUCAAGAAUCGGAGAACGAUUCUGUUGCAGGUGGCCAAGAGGAGACACCGGAGAGAGUUAAGCGAUUCCCUUGCGGGCAGUGCCACAAGCGAUUCUCGAGCGCCGAAGGUCUCCAUCUUCAUCGCGGCAUCCACACAGGGAACAGACCGUUCAGCUGCACAGUCUGCACGAAGGGUUUCAUGCGGAAGAGGGAGCUGGAGCGUCACAUGGCGACGCACACCGGGAUGAAACCGUUCAAGUGCAGCAGCUGCAGCAAGUGCUUCGGCCGCAAGGACAAGCUGGUGCGACACGCGAGGAUACACGACGUGAACAAGGAGCACAUCUGCAUGAUAUGCGGUGCCUCAUUCAAUCGCAAGGACGGACUCGUCCAUCACAUGAAGACGCACACGCGCGACGACGAUCCCGAUCUGACAUACAGCAAUCUCAUCUAAACGCAGAACGUACGAAACGAAUCUUACUGAAAGGAAAAGAGAAAAACAAGAGUAAAGUAUUUGAAAAGGCCGAUCCGACCCACCAGAAGACACGAUCGGUACAUUUUCGAAUUCGAGAGAAUGAGACAGAGAAUAUAAAAAAUUACCUACAAAGUAGUAGUUGUUUAGGUCAGAUAAUUGAUUAUAUCUACAUUGUAUAUACGCAAAGAACAAAGCGGAAAAUUGGUUUCAUACAAGAAGAAAGGAAGAUAUUUUUUAUGGACAUUUUGAGUA